GGCCAAGCCUGAAAGCAAAGAGUGGGCCGGGUGGCCAGGACCAACGACUUUUCCAUAGUCGUGCUCGUCUUCGUCCACCUCCCGACCCGACUGAGUAGCAAGCAAUUCUCCAAAUUAGGGUUUCUUUCCGCUUGCUUUCCAGUUUGCGGCAUCAGUCGGUGGCGCCUGCGAUGGAGUCUCUGUUCGGCCAAUCGCAGCGGAGGAGGAGGGCGGGCGGCAGCGGCUUCGAAUCGCUCAAGCGUCUGGGUCACAUCUCACCCGCUGUGCAGUCCCACCUCAAACAUGUGUACCUCACCCUAUGCUCCGCGCUGGCCUUCUCUGCACUCGGCGCGUACCUCCACAUCCUCCUCAACGUCGGAGGCGCCCUCACGACCGUGGGAUGCGUGGCCUCCAUCGCCUUCCUCAUCUCCCUGCCCGCUUCACGGGACCAGGAGAGGAACCGCUUGGCGCUGCUCAUGUCUGCCGCGCUCCUUCAAGGCGCGUCCGUUGGUCCGCUCGUCGACCUUGUUAUUGACUUGGAUUCGAGGAUUCUCGUCACUGCGUUCGUCGGGACCGCAGUUGCUUUUGCAUGCUUCUCUGGCGCUGCCAUCAUCGCCAAGCGCAGGGAAUACCUGUACCUCGGCGGUCUGCUUUCAUCUGGCCUCUCCAUUCUUCUCUGGCUGCAGUUUGCUACUUCAAUCUUUGGCCACACCAGCGCGACCUUCAUGUUUGAGCUGCAGCUCUACUUUGGCCUCCUGGUUUUCCUGGGAUAUAUGGUGUUUGACACCCAGGAGAUCAUCGAGAGGGCGCACCGUGGGGACAUGGACUACAUCAAGCACGCGCUGACUCUCUUCACCGACUUUGUUGCGGUUCUUGUUCGAAUCCUUGUCAUCAUGAUGAAGAAUGCACAGGAGAAAUCCCAAGACGAGAAGAAGAGGAAGAAGCGGUAGCUGCUGAAUGAAUUGGAUGACAUAUGUUGUUGUGGUCACUACUUCAUAGUACCGUGUACUCCUAUCCUAUUGUACUAAUAAUAAUAAUAGUAAGACGAAAGAUGACUGCUGGGAAUGAAUAUUUGGUUCUGCUA